UCUGGAUGGCAUCUGUGUUCUCAUAUGAACCUAUGAGAGGUCUGUUAACUUGACCAUCUUGUCAGUGAUGAAACAACAUUGGGAAUUAUGGACAAAAACAUUGGAGAGCAGCUUAACAAGGCUUAUGAAGCCUAUCGACAAGCAUGCAUGGAUAGGGACCAUGCUGUGAAAGAACUACAGCAAAAAACAGAAAACUACAUGCAGCAAAUACGUGAACAGCAGGAAAAGAUAGAGCUUCAAAACAGCAUUAUUGCAAAACUGAAAUCACAGUUAGCUGCUCUGAAUGCUAAUAGAGGUAAUGCACAUCCCUACAUUCUGAUGCAUGAAGACAUUGAAACCUCCAACUUAUCUUUCAGCCAGCUCUCUGAAAAACUGAACGUAGCAAAGCAAAGAGAAAAACUCUUAAAGGAACAGUUAGAAAGUGAGAGCAUGAAGUUGAAGCAACUUGAGGACAAAAACAAUCAAAAGGAAAGGAAGCUUAUAUCUAUUAUUUCCAACCAAGAAGAUAAAAUAAGAACUCUGAAAAGCAAAUUGAAAGAAUUAAAUGAAGCACAAAAGGGCAUACAGAUGCCAACGUAUAAAAGGGAGGUGAAAAGUAAGAAAGUUGUUCCAGAUAAGCCUGAAUUAUCUCUAGGGAUCUCUGGUAUUUCACCUAUGCCUGAAAGGGAGAAUCUGGAGACUAUUUUCCAGGACAUGAGAGAAGAGUGUCAUCGAAUAUGUAUGCUAGCCAGAGAACAAACAGACCAACUGAGUAAAUUUAAGAUAAAGCCAGAACCUGAAACUGAAAUACAGUUUUCCAUGCCGAUACAGUGUACUGAUAAAACUGAUGAACAAGCAGAAGAGCUUUUUAAGCCUCGGGUUAUAAAGGAUAUAAAUAGAGGUGCAUCAUGCAUCACAUCUAUCACACCAAGAGGAGUGGGCCAAGAUGAGGACAACAACUCUGUAGAAUCACUUUCUAAAUUUAAUGUCAAGUUUCCACCUACAGACAAUGACUCUGCUUUCUUGCAGAGCACUCAGGAAAAACCAACAGUUCCUUGUACUGGUAUAGCUGAAAACAUGCUUCAAGAUCAUCAUUUUAACCUGGAGCACAGAGACCGUGCUGUUAACCUCAAUAAAUUGGAACCUAACUCAUUUGAAGCUCAUGGAGUUGAUCUCAUGACCUCAGCUUUACAAAGCUUAACUACUGUUGACAAAACAAACCCCCCAAAUCAUGCAAACAUGCCCAUAGAAAAUACUCGUGACAAAACACGUUUAAAAACAACAGACACUGGUUUCACAUUUGUACCUACGCACACGAACCACGGUGUACCUGAAGUAAUUUUUUCUUCUUUAGAAGCUGCUGGGACAACUGUCAGAGGUCCUCAUCAGCUCAUUUGGCAGCCUCAAGACAAUGAUUUGCUGGCACAAGCUUAUACAGACUCUGAACUGAAUCAGUGUGGAAUAUGUGAAUUCUGUCGAGAAGUUUUCCCACCAUCUAUAACAUCUAAGGAAGAUUUUCUUCGGCAUCUGAAUUCCCACUUUAAAGUACAGUCUUAAUAUUUGUUCGCAGGUGACCAAUUUCUG